AUGUCAAACCUUGGUCCGGUGUCAUAUUUCCUUGGCAUUGAGAUCAAGCAAACCCAAGAUGAAGUGUUCAUUUGUCAAAGAAAGUAUGCAAAGGAGAUACUUCAAAAAUUUCAGAUGGAAGAUUGCAAAGCAAUGAAUACUCCUAUGAAUCAAAAAGAGAAGUUGGUCAAAGAUGAUGGGUCUGCCAAAGUUAUUGAAGUUGAGUUCCGAAGUUUUGUAGGUUGUCUAAUGUACUUAACAACCAGACCAAAUAUCUUAAAUGUUGUAAGUAUUCUCUCCAGGUUCAUGCAUUGUCCCAAUGAGACUCACAUGAAAACUGCAAAGAGAGUGAUCAGAUACAUCAAGGGGACCUGGAAUUAUGGAUUGAAGUUCUUAAAGCACAAGGAAAUGAAGCUAAUUGGUUUCUCUAACAGUGAUUGGGGUGGCUCAAUCGAUGACACGAAGAGCAUAUCUAGUUACUGUUUUUUCCUCGGGUCAG